AUGUUGGCAUCGCCGUUCCUGAGUAUCCGCACCGGACACGGAUUGACGUCCGUGUGCUACUUUGGUGCGAGGCUGUUAACGAGCAGCAAUAAUGGCGAGCUGUGCAGCUGGGAUUUAGAGUCCGGGAAUCUGUUGUCGUCAUCGCGUCCCAGACCCGACCUGGUGUCGGUGUUGCCUCUGCUGCCACAUGGUUCCCCGCCCUGCGGCAUAGUUGCACUGCAGCACAAGGAGGUCGUUUCACUGUUUGACCUUACGCGUAGCGGUGUAGUUCAGGAGUUCCCGAUUGAUCACAGCACGUUCGCUCGUGUCCGAUGUUGCUAUUCCGGCACGCCGUUGCUGCUGUGCCCGUCGGGCUUGAACACGAUCGUGUGCCAUGACCUUCGUGCCCCGCGUGGGAUCAGAGGACUAGACAGCAACACCAAGGCCGAUCAUGGAUCACAAGAGUCUAGACCAUCGCAACACGUGGUUGAAGUCCGUGCACCAGCCGUUGACGGUGAAGAUGUAGGGAGCUUGCAAAAUUUCGAGCCACUGACUUCGGUAUCCGAUCGUUGCGUGGCGGCUACGUAUGAGUCCGGCUUAGUAGCGGUGUUUGAUCUGAGAAAUCCUGCCCUCCCUGUAUCUACGCUCAAGCUCAAGGACAUCGAAGCACUUCCAUCGCUAGCUGCGUGGCGAAGUGUACUGCUUGUCGGGGAUACCGGUGGCAACGUUUCGAUGCUCAAUUUGUCACCAUCGGAUAGUUUGACCUUGUUACGCCGCCGGAACAUCAGCGACGAAGAUACGCAGUUACGCGGGGUGGGAUGCCUGCGUGUCCGCGCAGAUGGCGCCGUCACCGUUGCUUGUUGUUGGGACUACGGAGUUAGCGUUUUGGAAACACGCACUCUGGAAGCGAAGGCGGUGCUGAGUGAACACCACGACACGAUAACCGAUGCCGCAUUCGACCUCGUCACUGGCGACUUCGCCACCUGCGGCAUGGACGGCAAUGCACACAUAUGGAAGCUUUUUAGCGACAGUUAUGCGGGAGUUCACGCAUCUUAG